GGAAUCAUCGCAGAAGACAUACAUCUCUACUAAAAGUUGAUUGUGAAAAAGCGUGUUGCACGUGUUGCACGUGUGUUGUUUGCAAGACUGAAAUAAGGAAAUUUAGAGAAUAUGGGUUUCGGACGUCCUCAAGGAGGUGGCGGAAGAGGUUUUCGUGGCGGUGGAUCCCGAGGAGGCGGAGGUGGAUUUAAUUCUCGAGGUGGAUUCAAAAGAGGUGGACCACGUGGAGGUGGAGGCGGCGGACGUGGUGCCUUUGAUCAAGGACCUCCCGAGCGCGUUAUACCACUGGGCAAUUUUAGUUAUGUGUGUCAAAACGACUUAGUUUGCAAGGUGGAGAUUGAAGACGUUCCAUAUUUUAAUGCGCCCAUAUUUCUUGAAAACAAAGAACAGAUUGGAAAAAUUGAUGAAAUCUUUGGGACUGUUAGAGAUUACUCUGUAUCUAUCAAACUGUCGGAUAAUGUAUACGCAAACAGCUUCGCUCCAAGUCAAACUUUGUUUAUUGACCCAGGAAAACUUUUGCCAAUUGCAAGAUUUCUACCAAAACCACCACAGUCCAAAGGAGCGAAGAAAAGAGCUGGUGGAAGUGGCGUAGGUGGCUUUCGAGGUCGCGGAACUGGAAUGGGUAACCGAGGUGCUCGUGGCGGUGGUGGAUUUAGAGGUUCAAGUCGUGGUGGAAACGGUGGUGGAUUCAGUAGGGGUCGCGGAGGUGGUGGAGGACGCGGAGGUGGGGGAGGACGCGGACGUUGGUAAUUUUAUACCUUAUUUAAGUCUAAGAAAAUAAAGAUUAAUUUUCAUGAAA